AUGCCUCGCCACUUCCUUGACCUGCCGCGCGAAAUCCGCGAUAGGGUGUACCACGAGCUGUGGUCGAGCAAUUCGGACAUCAAUAUCUCGCCGUCUAACUACUGCCUCGAGAUCUUCUCCGAAUUCCACCCCGAGCCUCCACACUGGCUCAACACCUACCUCGACCCUCCCUACCUCCACGAAGCAGUGGAAGUCUUUGACCGCUUUGGGCGCGUGUACGUCGGCACCGGCGCAAAGUACUUGAGCUACAGCAAGUACGACGAGACUUUCGAUGCCAGAGGCAGGGAAGAGUCUCGAUACGACAUCGCCACCUUCCCCGCUCUCCUCCCACCUUUCUCCCGCCACCGACUGUUCAUUCAGUUUCUGGUGCCAGAUCACGUCCCCGCUCCGACUGGCUACCUUCCCCUCAUCUACUGGGACAUCCGCGACAUCAGGUAUGCCCGAAAGCUCUUCAAAGAUGUCAACCGGGCUGGCAAGCUCCGAGAGCUGGACAUGCGCGUACAGGCAAUCACCCACCUUCCCGACACCGAGUACCGGGUGGACCUUGCGCCUGUUGCCAAUUUGGUGGCAGGCGCAGGUUACCCUCUCGAUCGUCUGGAAGUCUUCAUUGGGACGGACGAGGAUGACGUCAUGUGGCAGUCUACCACAUGUGCUCUUGAGAUCGUGGAGAGGCUGCUCUGGACGGAGGUUCAGAAGCUGGAUGCAGGAGUGCUGAGGGGUAUGGUGGGAGGCGCGGUGGCCGACAUGACUGGGGCGAGCAUGUAA